AUGGGACUCCACCAUCAUGACUCUCACACCCAAAGACGUGAACCCCACGCAACACAAGCCAAUCCUCUCUAAGCUUAUACACACCAAAACAAAACAAAAUGCCAAAAAGCGAAAAAGGAUCAUCACAAAUUAAGAUUCAAGACAAUGAGAGUGAAAGCAACUUUGAUUAACUUCAAAUCAAAGCUUUCCAAAUCAUGCAACAGAUUUGUCUCUCUCUUCCGCUUCAGAGUUAAAAGACCUAUCUUUAUUAGACCUCUUCGUCGUGCUCAUCAUGGCAAUGUCAAACCUAAACAUCAUCAUCAUCAUCAUCCCAAGAAGCCACUCUGUUCUUCUUCCUCUUUGUUGUCUUGUCUCUGUUUUCUCAGCACAAACAAAGACCAGAAGAUGAGCCCCACCAAAACCAGAAGUUCCUCUUUUAGUGUGAAGGAUGAUGAUUUUUCGAAGUUUAUGCAUUCGCCUCUUACGCCAGCAGCAGCCAAGAAACUGUUCAAUUCACCAACCACCACGCCUGUUUAUGCAGCACGGGCCAAGAAAUCGCUGAGCUCAAGAGAUACGUUCGAAGACAAUGCCGUGGAAGAUGCUUGCAGAAGCUUUGAAAACUUUCUGAUUCAUCUGAUUGUUGAAGGGAAAAUGGAUGACUUAAUGGACAUAGAGGAGCUUCUCUUUUGUUGGAAGAAUCUUAAGAGCCCUGUCUUCAUUGAACUUGUCUCCAGAUUCUAUGGAGAACUCUGCAGAGACCUGUUUUCAGGUGAAUGAACAGAUCCAUAAAUGAUCCAAACAAAAUUGUUUUUAUCUUU